ACACAUGGCACGUUUGGAAGACAAAGCAGCAGAGCUGGUGGUCGAAGCAUGUGUGAGGACAGAGUCCGUGAGGAAGUGCGUUUUCACCUCGUCGCUAUUGGCAUGUGUCUGGAGGCAAAACUACGCCCGUGACCGCAGGUUCCCAACCACCAUUGAUGAGAACUGUUGGAGCGAUGAGAGCCUCUGCCGCGACAACAAGCUGUGGUUCGCACUUGGCAAGACGAUGGCGGAAAAGGCGGCAUGGAGGGCGGCACGGGGAACAGACCUGAAGCUAGUGACCAUGUGCCCUGCGCUUGUAACCGGGCCAGGAUUGCGGAGGCGGAACCCUACUCCAUCCAUUGCCUACCUCAAAGGAGCGCACGCCAUGUUUGCCGAAGGCCUGCUGGCCACCUCGAACGUGGAAGGGGUAGCGGAGGCGCACGUCCGCGUGUACAAGGAGAUGGACGGCACGGCCGGCGGGCGGUACAUCUGCUACGACCACGUGGUCCGACGAGCCGAGGAGUUCGCCGAGCUGCAGCGGCAGCUGGGGCUCCGCGCCCCCGCCGGCAGGGCUCCCGCGGCGCCCGACGAGCGGGCGGAGCGGUUCGAGCUCUGCAACCGGAAGCUGACGGCGCCCAUGUCCGCGCGGAGGAGGUGCACCUACGACGCCUACUUCACCGUGUUGUACGAGUGAAAUGGUCGGGUCGGGGGCGGGUUGUCUGGAUGCGAAUAGAAGAGGAGAGAGCUCAUGCUGCCGUGUUGUACAUAGUUGGAUGCGUCAAUAAAAUUAUAAAAGCUUUGCUAGGUAGGUAGGAUGUUGUCCAACCUGACAAGUGACAACAAUUUCCGCCAGCGGAGAAUUGA